UUUACUAGCAAAUGUAUAACAUAAACCCUAGCGGCUCUACACAACAAGCAAAGAAGCGUCCUAAUGCUGUAUUUAGCCCCAGCCCUGUUUGUUUCGAGCACUGCCGACGUAGACUGGUUAAGCCUUGGUGUCGCACACUCUCAGUGUACACGGGGUAGAAUGGCUAGGACAACAUUGCGCGAGGGAGUUUAACCCAGAUGCACGGGAGGAUAUCUUACAGCUAUUUCUGUCAGCCCGACACGCUCACACCAAGGCUGGACAGUUUAUGCAAGUCACAGAUCUGAGAGACAAGGCAGGUACCAUUUCACCUGUGCGUAUUUCUCUACGAACCCAAUUACUGCCCUUCCAUGUGUGAGACGCCACGACCUGGGGACUACCUCCCCUUGAUGGAGUACGAUGGGUGUGAGUUCCAGGUGUAUCCCGGAGACAGGGCCCUACAUACACACAUCACACAGGUGAGGGAUCUGGCAGUGAGGCAAGACGAUGUGUUCAUUAUUGGAUAUCCAUAUUCAGGAUGCUCUUCAUUGUGGAAUAUCCUUACCAGCCUCCCGACCCCCGGCUCAGACGACCAUCACCGGACUGGUCAGUUCCACCUACUGGACCGUACCUCAGCUGACCAGCUCGCUGACCUCCCCUCCCCCAGGCUCCUCCAUUCCCACUACCCCCUCCGGUUCCUCCCGUCACAGAUCCUCACCCACAAGCCAAAGAUUCUCUACCUCGUCCGGAACCCCAAGGAUGUGUGCGUGUCCCAGUAUCUCCACACACAGAAGGGGAGAGGAGGAUGCAGGAGAACCUUUCAGUCUUUCCUUCAGGCAUUUUUGAAUCAUUCCACUGGAUAUGACGGGUGGUUCCACCAUGUGAGGCAAUAUCAGCAGGACUUUACUGGGCAUCGAGAUCUCCUGGUCCACACACUCCGUUUUGAAGACACCCAAGCGAACCCCUACAAACAAACGCGAGGUCUUUGCAAGUUUCUGGAUCUUGACAUGGAUGAAGAAGCUAUAGGCGACUUGGUGGAGGCGACCUGUGACACCAGCAAAAUGCAGCCAGCUAAACGCGUAAAGACGGAGGCCCACUGUGACGGCAUGCCCCUCACGUCAGACAUGUACGACACCGAGGGUCAGGUAGGAGAAUGGAAGAACUGGCUCACAGUGACACAAGACGAAGAAUUUGACGACGCAAUAAGAGGGCAUUUGGAUGGAACGGGGCUUGAACUUAGAUGUUCUCUGUGAUAAUGUCAAACGUAGGAUACCGGGUUCCAGUUGGUCUCCAGUAACCAAUGCUGAUCAUUAAAGGCGACCAAAUGGACGAGGUCAUUGAGUGUUACAAUACCAGAAGGCUUGGACAUUGCUCAUAAUAUCAAUCACGUUUUCGUCUUCUGCUGGAAACUGUGUCAACCUGAACUGAAACUAGUUUCAUCAGUGUGUGCAAUGCAUCCAUACAGCUCCUCUAAUAUUGUGUAUAAACACUUGGAUUUUAAAUGUUUUAGCUUAAAAUAUAUUUUGUAUUUUUCUUUUGAAAUGCAAAAGUUUAUAAGAUUUGACAUCUAUGCAUCUAUCGGUAACACACACGUUUAUGUAAACACAUAAACACGUGUAUAUUGCUGCCAAUGCAUUCUGUUGCAUAAUGUUUACAAUUCAUUCGAUAUUAACACUAUUGUGUACUUUCCACGAUAUUUACACCCUAUUUACACAACAUACCCUGUUUAUCACAUCCAACCAAACAUGGUCUUUUCUGAUUAUUAACAUUAUUUAGCUGUUUCCAAUAUUUUCAAACAAUGACAACAUUCCUUAUCAAAACUGAAAUUGCAACCAUUAUCGACAAGAAGUCUAAUGCAAACCAGGCACUGGAACGGGUUUGUUUCACGUACCAUUUCGCCAAAUCUGUUUUCCAAAAUGAAGGGACUAAUUCAAUUUAGCUCUGUGGUCCAAACAUUUUUUAACAUUAUUAUGCUGAUUAAUGUGCCUGGAUGAUGAAGCUCUGCACCACGCUGUGUUUGUAUCAAGCUGUUUGACUUUAUACACCAAUACCGAUGUGAUUGAAUCAUCUUUCUUAUGAUCUGUAUGCAUAGUGGCUGAGGUAGCUCCACAGUUGUGUUUGAAAUAAAAAUGUAAUUUCUACUUUCCAUAACUUA